GGGCCCGAGUUUGCGGCUGCCGUUGUCGCGGGGGGGGGGCACGUUUGCUCCCCCUGAGCGGCUGGUGGGAAGAUGUCCGGCCCCGGGACCGCUGCUGGAGCUGGAGGGCCGCGGGGUGGGGCUGCGGCGGAGUGGGGAGCCUUCGAGGACAACAUGCAGGGUGGGGGCUCUGCUGUGAUUGAUAUGGAAAACAUGGAUGACACAUCUGGUUCCAGUUUUGAAGACAUGGGUGAAAUGCAUCAACGCAUGAAGGAAGAGGAAGAGGUGGAUGCAGAGGCAGCUGCUGCAGAUGAGGAAGAUGGAGAAUUCUUGGGGAUGAAGGGUUUUAAGGGACAGUUGGGUCGGCAAGUUGCAGAUCAGAUGUGGCAGGCUGGAAAGAGACAAGCCUCGAAGGCCUUCAAUCUGUAUGCUAACAUUGAUAUUCUCAGGCCCUACUUUGAUGUUGAGCCGAUGCAAGUUCGGAACAGGUUGCUGGAGUCCAUGAUUCCUAUGAAGAUGAUUAAUUUUCCCCAGAAGAUAGCUGGUGAGCUUUAUGGUCCCCUCAUGCUGGUCUUCACACUGGUGGCUAUCUUGCUGCAUGGAAUGAAGACAUCUGAUACCAUCAUUAGAGAAGGCACUCUGAUGGGUACAGCAAUUGGUACCUGCUUUGGUUACUGGCUAGGAGUUUCCUCCUUUAUUUACUUCCUGGCGUACCUAUGCAAUGCCCAGAUCACCAUGGUUCAAAUGUUGUCACUCUUGGGCUAUGGCCUUUUUGGGCACUGCGUCACCCUCUUUGUCACCUACAAUAUCCAUUUUCACUCCCUUUUUUAUAUCUUCUGGCUGGGCAUUGGAGGGCUCUCCACACUACGAAUGGUUGCUGUGCUUGUAUCGCGCACAGUGGGAUACACUCAACGACUUAUCCUGUGUGGAGCUCUUGCUGCCCUGCACAUGCUGUUCCUCCUUUAUCUGCACUUUGCUUAUCAUAAGGUUGUAGAAGGCAUCCUGGAUACAUUGGAAGGACCCAACAUCCCUCCCUUUCAGAGAGUUGCCAGAGACAUUCCUGCUAUUUCCUCUGCUGUACUGAACACAACAGCCAAAACAGCUGCACUGGCCUUGUAGCCUUACAGACUCUGGCCUAUUCUCCCUGCCUCUGCAUAGGUUAUACGUUCUGCUGCUGUUACCAGGGAAAAGGGACAAAGUAGCAGAAGCAGGACUUGGUUUUAUCUGCGGAUCUCCUUUCGGAAAUGAUGGUCGUGUGCUCUUGAGCACAUUUCAGGGGAGCUACCUUUAUCCAGCUUCGAUCCGGUUGUGCUUGGAAGAACCAUUCUCCUGGCCCAUGCCAUAUUUCGCUGAUAUUGCAUAGCUCAGUCACUUUGCUCCCGACACCCUUUGUACUUGCUCUUGUCUCUUUUAGUCUAUGUACUUGUACUCUUCUUUUGGCAAUGGAAGAA